CGCAGGAGAAUGAGUGAGAGAGAUUUACAAAGCGCAAACCAAAGUCUCCAAAUUGAGGAGACAAUCCUUGACCUUUGAAUGGGCGGGCGCCCUAUCUUGAUCGUGAAUGUGGAGUGGAGAAAAGGGUGGAGCUCCACUCCGUAUCGAGAUAAGAAGCAUCGUGAGCAUCGAUAGAUAAAUCGAUGACCCUACGACGGAUUAGCUCGAUGGUUCUCGUCAAAAAGUGUCUCAAGAUCAGAAACGACAAUUCCCUUCAUCUCCAACUUUUUCGACCGCUAUGGCUCCACGGAAGCCGAAUUUCGGUGUGUACACACCAUUGGUGACCUUCUUCGCCAAAGACGAAUCUCUCGAUCUUGCAAGCACCUUGACGCAUGCAAAGCGCAUGGCAGAGGGCGGCGUCGCUGGUCUAGUUCUUCAAGGAAGUAACGGAGAAGCACCACAUCUGGAUCACAGCGACCGCAAAUCCCUGGUGCGCGCGGUGCGCGAUCAUCUCAAUGAAUUAGGGUAUGCGCAAAUGCAGCUGAUCGUUGGCUGUGGCGCACCCAGUGUCCGAGAAACACUGGUACAUAUUACCGAGGCCGAAGAGUCUGGCGCCGAUUUUGCACUGAUCUUGCCUCCAUCAUAUUGGGUCGCAGCCAUGACCCCUGCUGUGAUUGAGGGAUUUUUCAACGAUGUAGCAUGCAGCUCCCCACUUCCGAUGCUGAUCUACAACUUCCCUGGCGUCACCGGCGGUAUCGACAUAAGUUCAGACUCGAUCAUUCGGCUCGCCCAGUCCAACUCCAACAUUGUUGGCUGCAAGCUCACCUGUGGCAAUGUCGGUAAGCUGCAGCGCAUUUCAUCCACACUGCCUACAGACUCCUUUGCUGCCUUUGGGGGAAAGUCGGAUUUCUUCCUGCCCGCCUUGGUAGCCGGGUCCAACGGCAUCAUCGCGGCUCUUGCCAAUAUUGCUCCAAAAGUGCAUGUGGAAGUGCUGAGGAGAUAUCAGGAUGGUGACAUCAGGGGUGCCCAAGAGCUCCAAUCCUGUCUCAGUCAUGCAGACGACGCCCUCGUCAAAGUGGGCGUAACUGGUGUCAAAGCCAUUGUCUCCCAUCAUUUUGGGUAUGGUUCAGGGCAAGGACGAAAGCCGUUGGAAAGCCGGACUGUGGAUACCUUUAGCGCGAAUGUCCUGGACCCCAUUCAGAGGGUGGUUGAUCUAGAGAAAAUGUGUAAAUAG